UCUUAUCAAGAAUCUUUCUAGUUAUUUUAGCAGAGAUAUUAACAGUGAUAUCCAACCAUUAAACUUGAGGGGUUUUGUAGCGUUCACUUGUAUUUUGACAAUAACAAUGGAGGAUUCUUCAACCAUUAUUCCAUUAAAUCAAGUUGCUAUUGAUACAUAAGCAAUAAAUAGUUUGUCACAAAGGAUUUUUGCCUAAUUCUUCAAAUUGUUAUAACAUCAAUUAAUCUUCUCUUCUUUACCUUUCUAAGAGCAUCCUAACAUCAAAUUGCAGUUAAUUCUUCAUAAAUCUUUGGUCUUUCAGGUUUGAUAAUGAACUCAAAGCAAUAACUCUAUCAAGGAGAAAGAAUAUAUAAUAGAAAACUGACAUUACCGAUCAAAUCUCUCGAGCAACCAAAUUAUUGCUAAAAAAUGUCAAGUAAUGUGGGGUUGAUAUGGAUUUCCAAGACAAAAUAUAUUUAAGAUACGUGAGCUUGUGGGCGAGAUCCGCAGAUAGUGCUCAAGUAACAAGCAAGCUAUGAAUAAACGGCAUUCUCAACUUGAAGGUGCUACAAUUUCCCUACCAUUAAGGUGCAGAUCACAAGGCAUAUUAUAUUACAUUCUUUGAACGUCCACACCGGCGCUUCACAAUGACCAAUGUUCAUCUCCCACUAGAAACAUGUACAGAACGUGGAAUUGUUAUCCCUCCUUGGAUCUAUAUAUCAUUAAAUUUCCUUAAUGGUAACCUUAAAUUACACAAACAUUUCCCCUCUGUUCACUUGUACCUCUUUUUUUUUUUUUUCCUUUCUCUUCUAAUCCGUCAUGGGAAAUGAAGCCCAUGACCAACAAUACUCAAACAAAUUGCAAGCAUAUGGUCACAGCCAAAAGCACAAGCUGAAGUCUAUUUUGCUAGUCAUACUCACCAACCUUGUCACCAUUUACAUCUUCACUGGUCCAAUCAGUUUUUUGUACCACUCCUCUACGAGUCCUCGUGACUCGAAUUCUAUCUUGAUGGAACUCAACUCCACCAAAGCUCAACUUGUUGCCACUCACUCACUCUUGUCUGAACUGCACCACAGACUCAACUCCUCUAACUUACUUGUCCAGGCACUGCUCAUUGAUCUCACGCGCCAACAAGAAAAGCAAUCCAACAGUGCUGAUCAGAAUCAAGUGAGUUUGAAGGUAGGGAGUGAUGAGCUCAGUUUUGCACUUGGCCCUCACAAGCUCCCUUUUGGGUACUCACCGAGGAUAGGAUCAGAUGAGAUUCACCUGCCUGCCGGUGCAUCAUGCAUGAGGCUUCAUGAGGAGUUAACCCAAUAUAUGGCAUAUGAGAUUGGAGGGGAGUGCCCUAUGGAUGAUGUGCUUGCACAAAGGCUCAUGCUCAAAGGGUGUGAGCCGUUCCCUCGUAGGAGAUGCCGCCCUAAGUCUCCUACAAAUUAUGUGGAGCCAACACCUUUGCCUGAGAGCCUUUGGACAACCCCACCAGACACUAGCAUUGUUUGGGAUGCUUAUGCUUGCAAAAGUUACCAGUGUCUCAUUGACAGAAAGAACAAGCCAGGCUCUUAUGACUGCAAGAACUGCUUUGAUUUGCAAGGUGAAGAGAAGAGUAAGUGGAUCUUUGAUGAUGGUGGACUUGAUUUUGGAAUAGACCAAGUUCUUGCAACAAAAGCCAUGGGGACGGUUCGUGUUGGACUUGACAUUGGUGGUGAAACUGGAACAUUUGCUGCAAGGAUGAGGGAAAGGAAUGUGAUCAUCAUCACAAGCACACUGAAUUUGGAUGGCCCUUUCAACAACAUCAUUGCAUCAAGGGGUUUGGUGCCAAUGCAUAUUAGUAUCUCCCAAAGGUUUCCUUUCUUUGACAACACACUGGAUAUUGUGCACUCUAUGGAUGUCUUGAGUAAUUGGAUACCAGACACCAUGCUUGAGUUUGUACUAUAUGAUGUAUACAGGGUGUUGAGGCCAGGUGGUCUGUUCUGGCUUGACCAUUUCUUUUGCUUUGGGUCACAACUCAACAAAACUUACGUGCCAAUGUUGGAUCGAAUUGGAUUCAAUAGAUUGAGGUGGCAUGUUGGAACCAAACUUGAUCGCAAGAAUGUGUUGUACAUUUCAGCCCUAAUGGAGAAACCAAUGACUUAAGGUUAA